CUGAGACUCAUCCGGAUAGGACAUAUCGCCGACGACGAGGACGAUGAUCCGCCACUCAAUCCUCCGAGCGGCGUCCCAAGUUCGCGUCACGGGGCAUGCGAGGUCCAAUCUGCCCGUGCGCCACAUGAGCUUCUUCUCCAGGUUGAAGGAGGAGAUUCAAGCCGAAUUGAACAAGGAUGUCGUGAAGGAGACCACGGACAAGUCCCAAGAAGCGAAGGAGGCAUUCGAGAAACGCGCCAAGCAAACCAAGGACACGUUCGAGGAAACACUGCGUCAGGCAAAGACCGAAGCAAGCAAAAGUGAGUACUACCAAGAUGCCAAGUCCAAGUUCUUCGAUCCGCUCAACGACAUGAAGUCCAAAGUCGUGGGCAGCGCUCCGGAAGGGGUCCAGGAGACAUUGAAAGAAACGCUGUACGAGGUGUUUGGCUGGAACAAGAAGAAAUCUGUCGAGGAAACCCUCACGUCCAGCUUGGCGGACACGCGCGCGCCCAAGGAAACGUCCUCGGAUGACGAUGACGAGGCUGCUGCCACUCCAGCAUACACGGGCACGACCGCCAUGGUCGUGGUCAAGGGCGAACAGACUGCAUGGGAACGCGUGGCCUCCCGUCUGCGCGAGACUCCCAUCAUCCAAGGCCUUCUGGACGCCGCCAACCAAGCAGCCAAGACGGAAGCGGGCAAGGUCCUUGGCUCGACCGCCAAGAAAGCGCGGGACAAGGUCGGCGAUGCCACCGAAGAUGUCCGCGAAUACUGGGAAACCAGUCAAAACCCAUGGGUCUACCGCAUGUCGUCGAUCUACGACGGAUUGUUUGGUGAAACGCCCGAAAGCAUCGCCAUCAAGGAAAUUCGCCGCGCCGACCCGUCGUUUGAUGUUGAAACGUGGAAAGAUGCCGUGGCGGAAAAUGUGGUGCCGCACGUGCUGGACGCGUUCUUGCGAGGCAACAGCCGGGAUCUCAAGCAGUGGAUGGGCGAAGCUGCCUACAACACGGUCAACAUGGCUAUCCGCGAACGAAAGGCCGAUGGACUGGUCGUGGAUCCCAACAUCUUGGCCAUUCGCAACGUCACUGUGAUUGCGCUCUCGGCGGAAGACAAGCAGGCGCCGAUCAUCGGCAUCCAACUCAUGGCCCAGCAGAUCAACUGCAUCCGCAACCGAGAAGGCGAGAUCGUGGAAGGUGCCGAUGACGACAUCCAAGCCAACUUUUACAUUUUCGCAUUCCGUCGCGAGUACGACGAAGAAGCGUCGGCGCUCAAGUGGAAGAUCGUCGAGUUUGGGGUCAUUGGGUCCGUGCCGUACAUUUAAUAGAGGCCACUGACAAAAUGAUACCUCCCUUCAGCCAACAAUAUAGAGUUUAUAUCGACA